CUCGGCGGCCGGGUCGUCACGUGACACGGAAGUGACUCCGAACAGGAAGAGGACGAAAAAAAUAACCGUCCGCGACGCCGAGCCGAACCGGUCCCGCAGCCACCAUGAACAGCAAAGGUCAAUAUCCCACGCAGCCAACCUACCCCGUGCAGCCUCCUGGGAAUCCAGUGUACCCUCAGACCUUGCAUCUCCCCCAGGCUCCACCCUACACGGAUGCUCCACCUGCCUACUCAGAGCUCUACCGUCCGAGCUUUGUGCAUCCAGGGGCUGCCACGGUCCCCACCAUGUCAGCUGCAUUCCCUGGCACCUCUCUCUAUCUGCCUAUGGCCCAGUCUGUGGCUGUUGGGCCCUUAGGUUCCACAGUCCCCAUGGCCUAUUAUCCAGUUGGCCCUAUCUACCCACCAGCCUCCACCUCCUGGAUGCCCUCCGAACGCGGCUCAGCUUGCCGUGAUGCAGGGAGCCAACGUCCUGGUAACUCAGCGGAAGGGAAACUUCUUCAUGGGCGGCUCAGAUGGGGGCUACACCAUCUGGUGAGGAACCAAGGCCGCCUCUGUGCCGGGAAAGACAUCACAUACCUUCAGCACUUCUCACAAUGUAACUGCUUUAGUCAUAUUAACCUGAAGUUGCAGUUUAGACACAUGUUGUUGGGGUGUCUUUCUGGUGCCCAAACGUUCAGGCACUUUUCAAAUUUAAUAAGGAACCAUGUAAUGGCAGCAGUACCUCCCUAAAGCAUUUUGAGGUAGGGGAGGUAUCCAUUCAUAAAAUGAAUGUGGGUGAAGCAGCCCUAAGGAUCUUCCUUUUAUUCCUCCGGAGUAAUACUGUACCAUACUGGUCUUUGCUUUUAGUAAUAAAACAUCAAUUAGGUUUGGAGGAAACUUUGAUCUUCCUGAGAAUUAAAGUUGCCAAAUUAUUCUGAUUGGUCUUUAAUCUCCUUUAAGGUUUUGAUUUCUAUUACUUGUUAUAAACGAAAUGCAUUAGUUGUCAGACUUUUCCCUUCCGUCCUCUACCCACGUCCCACGUCCCGCCCUAGUCUUCCAUCCCCUCCUGCCAGUCUCCUCUGAAUCAAUGGUGCAGGACAGAAAGCCAGUCAGACUAACUUCCUUCUCUCCUUGCACUGCUCCCCGCCCGUCAUGUUCUCACUAGUCUUUCACAAGGAUCCUCUGAAACCCCCUCCAGGCCCCACGCACAGACCCUGAGACAUCUGCUCUCCUUAACUCCUCAGGCAAAAGUGGAGGAUGCCGUUUGGACUCCCCAGAGGUUAUCUCUGCAUAUACAGCUCCAACCCAGAUUUGCUUUGGUGCCAGGGAAACUGAACUCUGAACAAGAAAGGGUGCAAACCACCCCAUAAACCAGUCUGUUUAAAACGUGAGCGGCAAGGAGGGUGCAUUUCAGAAGCCUGACUGAUGUCUUUAGAGCCAGAUUUAAGGGGAGUUUCUGGAUCCAAAAUUAGUCACCACUGCUUGUCAGAGUGUCCCAAGAAUUCCCACACCUGGUCGUGGGGUCCCGUCGUGAGCGCCUCACUGUAAAAUGACUUGAGCCCAGUGAAAUCGCGUUAGGGUUAAGAGUAUUUCAGGGAUCCUUAAUAUUUUGAUUUUUGUUUUUCUGAAAUUGGAUUUUAUUUUAUUUUAUCUUAUAAUUUCAGUUCAUCUAAAUCUUGUGUUCUGUACAUGUGAUGUUUGACUGUACCAUUGACUGUUAUGGAAGUUCAGCGUUGUAUGUCUCUCUCUACACUGUGGUGCACUUAACUUGUGGAUUUUUUAUACUAAAAAUGUAGAAUAAAGACUAUUUUGAAGAUUUGAAUAAAGUGAUGAAGUUGCAUUA